AUUAGAGAUAGAGAUAUCAUUUAUAGUAAUAUUCAUUCAUGAAGAUAAUUAUAUAAUCGAGAAGAGCGAGUUUCAAAUCCGAUGCAUUGGGAGGAAAGGCGGGCGCACCUCUGUAAAUCGGCGAGAGAUCGGCAGGUGCUCGGCUUUUUGUUUUCCUCUUUCAGCCAUUCAACACCAACAGUUACCGUCAUCUGCGCGUGCUUUCGUUUCUCUCUCCUCCAGCAUCAUCGGCUCUUUCUCUUCAUCAGACCAACAAGUCAAGCCCUUGGUCUCCUUCGUUGUUUGUUGUCAUACCGUAUACAAUAAUUGCACUAAUAAUAGACCAUGGGAGACGACUUUGAUUACGAGGAACUGAAUCAGAGCUACGUGUGUGCAUCAUGGGCGCCUGGUGUCGGUUUCGCUGGAAUCACAGCCGCGGUGGUCUUUGCUAACCUCGGCGGCGCCUACGGUACCGCAAAAGCUGGACUCGGCAUUAUGGCAAUGGGAAUAAGAUCUCCAGAGCUAUUAAUGAAGAACAUCAUUCCAGUGGUCAUGGCUGGAGUACUGGGGAUUUACGGACUCAUUGUCGCCGUCAUUCUGAAUGGAAAGUUCACUGUACCGGAUGGAGCAACACGAGCAACAACUUACUCCCAAUAUAACGCCUUUAGUCAUCUCGCAGCUGGUCUUUGUGUUGGACUAUGCUCGCUAGCCUCGGGUCUAGCAAUCGGAAUCUCUGCAGAUGCAGGAACUCGCGCCGUUGGGGCACAAUCAGCAAUGGCAGCGUCAUGGAAGAAGAUGGGAUUCACUGGAGAUGCUGGAGGUCAAGUCGACAGCCAAGGUGACGCCCUGUUUGUUGGAACCAUCCUGAUCCAAGUCUUUGCAUCAAACUUGGGUCUAUACGGACUCAUUGCUGCGCUCAUCCUAUCACAGCAAGAUUACCAAUGCGAAGUCAAUGGUGGUGGAGGAAACUAACUAGCUACUUGAACAACGCUGGGAGCAAGACAGCUAGAGUACCAUACCACUACAACAGCAUUGCGUGUCUUGGACAGCUGCACGCAACUCUAAAUUACACAACCAACGAAGGAUCCUACGGCAGAGGAUCACAACCACCUUUUGCACCAUACCUCGUCGCUGUCAUUGCCAGCGCGGCUUCGACUACACACAAACGCGCGCAUAUCUAUCUAUGACACUUGUAGAAUGAAUAAACAUAAACUCGUAU